AUGGCAGGCGACGCGUCGUUGCAGUUGCUCAGCGAGGCCGAGUAUGAAUUCAAAGCGCCAAACGGAUUCCCUGUCAGCUGUCCCACGCUCGACUUAUCGGCAACGUGGGACGGCGGGGAUAAAAACCUCUUCAUAUACCGCCCGCCGAACCAAGCCGUUUCCAAGAUUCAUCAGGUUGGCUUGCCUGGCACAAAGGCCCCGGAUGCACUAGCUGUGACAUGGAAGCCAGAUGGUCAAUUCCUGGCGGUAGGCUGGACCGAUGGGGCAGUUCGCAUCAUGGGUUUGGAGAACAACAAGGCGGUUCACCACAUGCAGCUCUGCGAUGAUGGCGCAGCCAAAAUAACACAUAUUGGCUGGGCCACCAGCAUAAUCACCAAGAAAUUAGGGAAGAAAGCACUGAAGUCGAGCGAGCAGCUACUAGACGGGAUGGAUUUGGACCACAGUUCUGGUGUUUUGGACCUCCCGCUGGAGUUGACCUUUCUCGAGGUGGACACGGCGCUUCCCAAGAUCAGUCCUCUGCCCACUGCCAGUGCUGGAGUUGGUGAUGAUGCCACAGUCUUUACUCUGCGGACGGGAAUUGAGUUCCUCUUCCAAGCGCCGAAGCGCUCCGAAUAUGACCAAGUGAACGUGAUGGUGGUCGGGACCAGCGACGGGCAGCUGCACCUCAGCAUCUAUGAUUCCUUUGUAAUAGGAGUUUUCCCAGCCCCUAGCCUCGGAGCGCUUCUUGCGCCCCGUCUCGUCUUCCACGCAGCAUACCCAACGGUGUCUACACAGGCAUUGCUCAUGGCAGACGAUACGAACAACCCCGCCGAGCUACACAUCAUCCCUAUGGAUCUGCCCUUUGUCUCAUCUUCGCCCAUCAAUAUGUCGCUGCUGGCAUCGAAGCUUACAGCACUGCAGACGCUGCUGCGUUAUCUAAAGCAAACUCAGCUACACAUGUUGACCGAGUGGAAGAAUGCACGAGAACUUCCUACUAGAUUUCUCAAGAGUGUCGAAGGAGAUUUGGAAGGAAUGCAAAGCGGACCCAAAAACAUUGUCGCUGCUUUAUACCACACUGCCGUUACUGGCCAUGCCUACGAGCCGCUACGGGAGUGGCUAGUGGACAGUCUUGCAGAACGAGGACACAAAAGAUGGGACAAGGCGGUUAUCGGUGGUCUGGAAGGUCUUCGCAACCUCGUUCAUGAGAACCUCCUCCCCGGCCUCGAACGCUGUUCCAUCAUCCUCAGCCGCCUACGCGGCUUCGCCCAGUUCUACGACACGCGUGACGACAUUGGCUUCACCACGACGCAGGUCAGCCGGGUGCUCGACAUCGUCAGCUGCCUGAGCCUCGUCGGGCACAAGAUCCUGCUGCACGCCAUGGACGAGCUCGAGCACUUUGUCGCCUUUUCCAGCUGGCUGCGCUUCCAAAUCGACCGCUUCGCCUCGCCCGGCUCCGCCGCGACCGACGAGCUCACGGAGAAGGAGGCAACCAUGGACACGUCGCGCGUGCUGACGUAUAUUGAGCGCUACCUCACGGCCAGCCCGCUCGACGCCUUCUUCGACGACGUCGCCCGCGAGGACUACGACGCGGACUGGGCCCAUGUAGAGGACGGGCCGAGCCUGCUCCACGUCCUCGACAGACAGCUGAAGAAGCAGGAGGCGGGCCAGCCGGCGAUGAAGGCGCUGCUGCACGUCGACUUCUUGGUGGACUACGCGACUACCUGGACGGGCCGCAUCUUUAAGGACAUUGCGGACGCGAAGAAGCGCAGUGUGAGGUUUGGCGUGCCGAUGAGGUUGCGGAUCGGAGGGCCCAUCAGCAAGAUGGAUGUCAAGAUGGCAGAGUCGACCAAUACUGGUGGCGGAACCAUAUACACUGCGCUUGCAUCCAAGGAGGCAGCGAACAAAGUCUACAUCUUCCAGGCUGAGCUGAGCAUUGUGAAUGGAAUCAGCUCUAAUCAGACUUUAACGUGGCGCUGCCUUGAUCUCGGCGAAUCAAAGCUCAUCGACCUCCGGUUCCUCGACGCAACGACUCUCGUACUUCUUUGCACUGGUACAGAAACAAGCAACCCCGCCAUUUUUACGGUUCCCGUUCAGUCGGACGCCGCUGCGCUGUACGAGCCAUAUACCGAGAAUGCAGCGCCGGAAUCCAUUCCCGGCACGCCGCUUGCUGCAGCAGGGGGCACGGAGUACCACCUGCCGGAGGAAUGUGCGAUGCGGCCCGUUCGGAUGGAGGUGCACAGCGGGCACGACGUCAGAGGGCAGAUACCGGCGCGCAUCUGUCUGCUUGCCAGCAACAGAACGACCUGGCGCACCUUUACCUUCGAUAAUAAGUAG